CCCCACCGGACAAGAACCUCUUCACCUACCCACCGACCAACCAACAUCCUACAACGUUACACUCCCACUUCACUGCUUCUGUGCUUCCAAUUCAAUCCUGCCCACUACCCCAUUUCCCCUUUUCUUGCCACUGUUUGGGGUUUAUUUGUAAUGGAUCCGCAGAACAAUGGGGCGAGGCUUGAAGACGGGCUUGAUUCGGGUGCGAAGAUGGACCCGAAUUCGGAGGUUUGUAGGGCGGAGAUCGACACUUCGGUUCCGUUUGAGUCGGUGAAAGAGGCGGCCACUCGGUUCGGUGGUAUCGGUUUCUGGAGGCCCACUGCCCAUAAGCCGUCCCGCCGUGAUUCCCAGGUUACCUACGAGGUUGACAUAGCGAAGGUGGAGGAGCAAGCUGCGCAGUUGGAAAGGGAUUUGGUUGUUAAAGAAAGGGAAACGCUUGCUGUCCUAAAAGAACUCGAAAGCGCCAAGACUACCAUGGAAGAACUGAAAGUAAAGUUGCAGAAGGCAUCUGAGCUCGAUGCUUCACUCGAUUUUUAUUCAGAAGCUAAGGGUAUAGAUGCUGUUGCAGAAGUGGCACCGAAGGAAAGAAAUGGUGAUCUUGUGGGAAGUGAUGGAUGUGGUUUCAAUCUGUGUCCAUCGUCGGCCCCUGGUCUCAUAUUGUUGGAGUUGAAACAAGCGAAAUUUAAUUUAAGCAAGACUACGCGUGAUCUUGUGGACAUUCGAGCCACAGUCGGAUCAUACAACGCGAAAAUAGAGAAAGAGAGGAUCUUGCUCGAGAAGACCAAGAAAAGGCUAGCUUCAAAUUUCGUCAAGGUCUCAUCUCUCGAGGAAGAGUUGAAUCAAACGAAGCGAAAUCUGGAGCUGGUGGAAGCUUGUAAUGGCGAUUCUCGUGAGCCCCUGGAUCUCACGACGGAGCUUCAGAGGCUGUGUUCGGAGACACAACAGUUUAAAAAGGUGGGUGAAGCUACAAAAUCGGAGGUUCUAUUAGCUAUGCUCGAGAUUGAACAGACGAAGGCUAGGAUCAAGACCGCAGAGAUCAAGCUGAUUGCAGCCAAAAAGAUGAAAGAAGCCGCUAGGGCCACCGAGUCUGUUGCUCUUGCAGAGAUCAAAGCCCUCUCAAACAGCGAGAACUUGUUUACAACUUCUCAGAGAAAACCUGGGGUUGGAAUAACCCUUACCUUGGAGGAAUACUCCGCAUUGACCUCCAGAGCUCGAGAUGCAGAUGAGGCUUGUAAGAGGAGAGCCAUUGGCGCAAUGCUUCUAGCUGAUGAAGCCAAUGCCGCAAAAAUAGAAAUCUUGAAGAAGGUCGAGGAAGCCACAGAAGAAGUUAAACUAAGCAAGGCAGCCUUAGAAGAAGCGCUGAGCAGAGUCGAGGCUGCCAAUCAAGGUAAACUGGAAGUGGAAGAAGCCAUUCGCGAAUGGAGAUUUGAUCACUGCCAAAGAAAACAUACUGUCCAGAACCCAACCAAGUUCAAGAAUUCCAAGUCAUUUCAGCACCGGAAAGAUCCUUCCCUGCUCGAUGUGAACGGUCUCACUCUCGUCAGCAACGAGGCACCGUCAGCUCUUAAGUCGACGAUAUCAAUAGGGCAAAUAUUGAGUAGGAAACUGCUUAUAACCGAAGAAUUUGAGAAUGGAAAACGCGUAGAAAAGGGCAAUGGAAAGCACAAAGUUUCACUUUCACUUGGCCAAAUGUUUGGUAAGCUAAACAGCAUGCCCAGCUUGAAAGACCCGAAAGAGAAUGCACAUGAAGUUCAUCCCUCAAAGAGAAAGAAGUUUAGCUUCUCCAGAAUCUCACUUCUUGUGACAAAACAAGGCAAGAAGAAGAAGACCUCAAAGUUUAAGGUUUCAAGACAUUAGAGUACUAAAGGCAUUUGUAAUUUUGCCAUCUUCUAGUGCCUACAUUGCAUGCAUAUUAAAGACAUAAUUUUGCUCAAUUGACAUUUAGCAAUUCUUAAUGUAAAAUCAGCUAAUUCUAAGUGACAUUUGCUAAUAGGUACCUUAAAAUGUUGUGAAGCAAUAGGCUAAUAGGUAGCUCAAAAUGUUGUGAAGCAAUAGGCUAAUAGGUAGUUCAAAAUGUUGUGAGAUCACAGCCUUGGCCAGGGCAGUGUGUAAAAAUUUGGAGAACUUGAAAAAUUAGCCUUGGAGAGAGAAUUUGAAAAUUUCUAGAGAAUUGUGAAUAAUAGCAGCCAUUAUAUUUGCAA